AUGAUUAUAUAUAAAACUAAGUUUUUAAUUAAGCUUGAUCAAGGUCAACCACAAGUUUGUCGUUGGAGAUCCCAAGAACGACGAGAUCUACGAGGAGCUGUGGAAGUGGUGGAGCGGGGCUACUCUCCAGACCGAGGUGAAAGAGCAGCUGGUUUGCUUGCACAACGAGAAGCUGACCAUCGCGUUUGGGAUGAUGAGCACCGCUCCAGGAACAGCGGUGCGAGUCCUACUGCCACACCGCAACCAAGCUUAUACUUUAAGCGCCAGAUCGUUGUGCGCGACUCGAAUCGCAGUAGUGCUCCUGAUCCCAAAGUCGUACUCGUGGCUCGUCUCCAGGAGCCCGAGGUGGCAGCACAGGCGCAGCCUCUAAACCCUAAAAUGGCGAUGGAGAAGCGCAAGAGAAAGAGACUGCGCACGCAAGAAACCACCCCGGAGGAGCAGCGAAGCCGACAUUCCAAGCACCGCCGCAUCGACUCCUCCCAGGCCGAGAGAGAUCUCAAAGCCAAGCUCGAGAGCAAAGACGCGGAUCUCAAAGAGGUCCACGCGCUCCGGGACGAUGGCUACGGCCCUCUCCUGGCUGCUCCUUCCCUCAGCUCCGAGAUCGAGAAGGCGCUCUGGAAAGCCCACCACGCCAAGAUCACGGAGUUUCGCUCCCAGAUGCAAAGAGCCGCCGAGAAGCAAAAGGGCGACCGCGUCGGCAAGAAGACGCUCAAGAAUGUGGUGGCGCCUUUGAUCGACUUCAUAGCCAGCAGCUCCAACUUCUACUCGGAGCUUGUUUCCAGGGUGAGAGUGAGGCAUGGCCUCGGUGGGAUCGUCUCGGAUAGCUGUGACAAGAGCUUGGACGAGAGCGAGGCGAGAGAGUUCCGCGAGACUUGUCACCGGCUGCUACUGCGCCUCGGGGACUUGGCUCGCUACAGGGAAGUGUAUGGAGUGAGCCUUGGCAAGAGGAACUAUUCCACCGCGGAGGACUACUACGUGCAAGCCUCGAGGCUUUGUCACUGCGAAGGUGGAGCGCAUGGCCAGCUGGCGAUCCUGGCGACCCAUGCGGGAGAUAGAGUUCGUGCUGUGUAUCACUAUCUGAGGAGCUUGUUUGUGAAGAUGCCGUCUCCAACGAGCCACAGCAACCUUCUCCUUCUUCUGGAGAGUAAGUCGGACGCCAUCGCUGAAGCCAGCCAAGGAUCGUCCAACUUUGACAAUCUCUUGAGGCUCUUCGAGAUCUUACUCCUGAAAACUGGUUUCGACAAUUUGCAGAAGGUGCUGGAUGGCACUCUGAACGAACUCGAGCGAUCGGUGGGAACUCCCUCUAAAGUUUGCGAUCCAGCAGAGCCAACCAGGGGAAAAGCUUUCCUGGGAAUACAGAUCGUGACGAUACUAGCGUGCUCCAUCGAAGACUUCCAUCUCGGCCUCGUCUGCAAGACUUCUCCGCCAAGGAGUUCGCUGCAUGAGACUCUCGCGUGCGCAUUCAAAGCCGUGCGCACGCUGGCGGCGAUCGGCGAUCCAACCAUGCUCCCGGCGCUCGUCAUCUUCACAGCAUGGCUCGCAGGCAGCGAGGACACCGUGCGGGCCACCGCAGAGUCCGACGAGCUCAGGAGGAGCUUCCUGGAUGCCUUGGAGCGGGCGGAGAGCUUCUUCCAGGCGCUCAGUGUCUUCUCAGAGGAAUCCUUGUCAAGGCUCUCCGUGAGCCAGGAGGAGCUCACGCAGGGAAGACGCGACGCUCUCUGGGAGGACCAUGAGCUGCAAGGCUUUGUUCCUCUCGGCGGGUACCACGAGUCUCUGAACUUUGGCUUCCACUACCUGGCUUGCGACUCCAAGCAGCUCGACUGGAAACGUCUUCGAAGAUUGGAGGCUUCCUUGCGAGCUCUCGCGGAGAUGGCAGGCUUGUCCAAGGAUACAACUUCCAGUCAAGCGGAAACGGUGUCCACAAGUCUGGGCUCGCUUCUUGACAGGCAGCUAGCCGAGCUCAAAGUUGAUACGGGCUUGUCGAAGAACACUUCUUCUAGUCAAGCAGAUGAAGAAGCAGCAAAUAUAUCGACGAAUCUCAGCUCAGCGCAGCUAGACGAUCUCAAGGUUGAUAUAGCAGGCUUGUCAAAAGUUGGAUUUCUCAACGAAGCCGAGGAAGCGGGAUCCACCGAACUCGAAGAGCUUCCUGUCAAGUUCUCUCCUAGUCUGGAAGAUUCAUUCUUCGCAAAGCAGUUUCUAAAAUCUGUAACUGGAUCCACCGACUUAGUUCUUCUUGAACAAGCACCGGAGUUUCCUGAAUCACUCGAGGAUGAUCAUGGUCAAGGCCUGAGGGAUUUCGAGGACGACAUCAUACCAUUUCCAGCAGGAGACGAAGGUGCCAUGGACAAUGGCAACGAUGAGGAUCUGCAAGACGAUGUUUAUCUACCCUCGCAAUCACAGGAAGAUGCGUUGAACUGGAGAUCGCUUAGCUCGUUUUGAGAAGAUGUAAAACUAAGAGAAACAGACAACGUAAAAGUAUUUUUAACUUUUACUUCCACUUUGCCUUGUCAAACACUGAGCAUAACAAUGUUAACUUUACAUUUGUAAUAUUGUUUUAUUCUUUUAAAGUAUAGUACAAGAAA